CCAUCUGCGUGCGGCUGCUCCAGAUGUUCAACAACACGGAACUGCAGCUGGAACCACUGGAUCGCACAAGAUGUCCGCUGUGCUCUUCUCUGCGAGUGAAACCAGCAGGAGUCAUGGAGGUGUUCAAAGCACCUCAGUGGGGGGCAACAAACCCUUAUACCGCUUCCUGAGAGGGCAACCCAAGAUUAUUGGCACUGUUGUCCUCAUUUUGGGCUCCUCUUUCUUCAUCAUCACUGCUGCGACAGUGAAAGAACUCCAUGCCAUGCAAAUAUGGCCAAGCGUGCCACCGACCUUUGUCCAGGGAGCAGUGUUCAUCGCCAGUGGGAUUCUGUAUGUUGUGACAGAGCACAACCCCACCAAGAAAACAGUGACCACAUCAUUAGCUCUGGGCAUCAUAUCUAUACUGGUGGUCGUAUUCACAAGCCUACGCAUUCUCCCCCAAAUUGGACGAUACUAUAUGUUUCGUUACGCCGUCAGACAUGAAUUCGACUACAGAGACAAUAUGACAUCUGAGUUCCACGAUCCACCUUCAUUAUACCAAACUGUGGAAAUGGUGACAGCAUUUGAAGCAGUCUUGUUGUUCCACAGUUUUGUUGGAGCGAUCAUCUUCAUUGUAAUGUCCGCCAUGGCUGGAGCAGCCCUGCGGUCCACAAAAAGCCAGACCAUCGUGGUGAUGACUGCUCUGCCGGCUGAAACACCCACUGAGGAGCAGCCGUAAGAGUUCACCCGGCACGGAAAACGUCAACAGACAGACUUUGAAACGUGAAAGAGUGUCUGCCUGUUCGCCUGUGAGGCCAUUUCAGGUUGUUAUGUUAACCACUUCACACAAAGAUUUUGUUGUCUUUGUGUAUAAUCCCAUGCACAUAUAAGCACACACACACACACACACACACACACACACACACACACACACACACACACACACACACAUAUAUAUGUUUAAAUCAGGGUGUUUUUUUUUUUUGUCAAUAUGUUUUUUCCUCUGCACUGUGGAAUGUAUAUGUGCUUUUUUUCUUUACAUUUCUAAUCUAGUAAAUAAAUCUGCUUUUCCCACAUUAGCAGAAUGUACCCUGCCUUCAGGCUCCUAAAUGAUUAUAAAUUCAUGAUUUAAUCUCUGUUUGGUGUUUUGAAGGUUGAUAUUUCCAGGAACCAAACAUCUACCUCUUUAGCCAGUAAAUGUUCAUCAGCUUUUCUUAACUACGUCUACUUUGCUUUAUUGAUCCUUGGCAGUAAUUGUUCACUUUUUUGGUACAGAUCUGCUAAAAUAGUUUAUUGCAGCUCAGUAAACAUGAGUUUGGGUUGCAAAUCGAAGUCCUUUACUGGCUACUCAUUAGAAUCCAGUAAA